AUUUCGGAAAAUGUCAAGCAAAAAGGAAUUUUCGACGAUAGCCAAUCGCAGCCUCUCCCUACACGUGACUAAUUCUAACAGGUUAAAAAUUUUCAUCGCCUAAAAUUAUCAACAACGUGGAUGCGUGUUUUCUUAACGUUGAAAAUAACAAAAUAACGAAUAACGCCAUCGAAAUUAUGCGAAUUGAACUCAAAACUAAAUUUCAUAUUUCUGUUUGCCUAUUGGAGUAUUUCAUUUGCGAUGAAUAGUAUAAUAGUUGAAGACAUUGAGCAACUGUUGACGUUAUUUUCCAGGAAAGGGCAGUAUGACGCUAGGGCCGGCGAACAGAACUACGAAAUUCAUAAGAAAUGUGAAGAUCUAUUUGAAAAAGAUUAUGUAAUUAGUAAAAUUGAAAAUGAGAAAGGUUCACUUUCAACUAAUUAUCCUUCACAAAUUAUCAUACCCGUUGAAGAGAAAUCUUGUUUGUCAAAAGACUUAGAAUUUUCUAACAAAAGCGUAAAUUGCUUUAAUGCUUUGAAGUUCAAAGAAAUAGCCAACAAGUCUAAUUUAGCUAGAUGCAGAACAAGAUUUCCUGUACCUGUAAUACUCUUUAAAGGCAAAUAUGUCUGCCGUUCUGCUACCUUAGCAUGUGGCGGUGAAAUGUUGCUGCGAGACAUGUCCGGUUUUGUGUUCAAUUCCUCUAGUUCCGAAUCUGAAGAAAAAAAUUAUACCUCCUAUUCAAGAAAUGGUGCUUUAUUUACUGAACUCCGUAGUCAAGAUAUUAAACUUCUAAAAGAAUUAUCUGUCAACUACAUCUGUGAUCUUAUGGUUGAGAAUAAAAAAGUUAAAUAUGGUUUGAAAGUAAGCUCUUCUGAGAAGAUAGACAAAGAAAAUAGAUACUGUGAUUUCAAAAUUAUUCAGCUGCCAUAUCCAGGCUGUGAAUUCUUCAAGAAAUUCAAAGACAGUAAUUAUGUAGCUGAAGGUCUAAUGUUUGACUGGGAACAAAAUUAUGUAGAUUCAUCAUUGACUUUACCCUCUGAUUCAAUUGCUUCUACUUUGGGUGUUCACUGGUCAAAUUACAAAAUGUGGGAUCUUGUUAAAUUAACCCAGAAUUACUUAAAAUUACUUGUGACGUAUAUCACAGAAGGUACCUCAAGCAUACUCAUUCAUUGUAUAUCUGGAUGGGAUCGUACACCCCUCUUCAUUUCAUUAUUGCGCUUAACGUUGUGGGCUGAUGGUCGUAUUCACACAAGUCUUUCUCCUGUUGAAAUGGCUUAUUUAACUCUAGCUUACGAUUGGUACUUGUUUGGCCAUGAUCUUCCUUCAAGGCUCAAAGUUGGUGAAGAGAUUUUGUUCUUUUGCUUUGAGUUCUUGAAGUUCAUUACAUCAGAGGAGUUCUCUUCAAAGAAAAGGAAUCGUAAAAUAAGUAGUAAUUGUACAGAUCCUCCUUUGGAUAUACUGAUUGAAGAAGAACUGCCUGAGCAAUCCUCAUUAAAAACUUGUGGUAGUGAUUCAAGCUUUCAGAAGUUUGAAAAUGGAACUUCCAGUAUUUUCUAUACAAGUUUAGAGGGAUAUCCUAAUUCAUUGUUUUAUUCCUCAGUUGAUUCAGGUGAUGAGUCAUCUGACAGCUUCAAAAGUGUGAGAUCAAAUUCUCAAAAUGAUUCUUAUUUGUCUGAUAGUGAGAUUACUAUAAUGGCUAAUAGUACUGAUAGUUCUGUUAAUAUUAAUAAUAGUCAUGGUAAUUUGGCUCCAUCUAGUAGCCCAGUUCCUGUUCCUAAUUCAAGGCCAAGAAUGGAUAGCACGUCAAGUCUUGGCAGCUGGCAGUAUGUAUCUGGUACUGGUAGUUUAUUGGGCUCUGUGACUUCUAAAGGUUCAUCAGCAGAAAUGAAUUCAAAUAGCUCUAGUUCAGGCUCGCAUGCAGAAAAUGGUAAUGUAGCUUCCACAUCCAGUGGCAUGUCAAGUGCUCAAGAGAGAAAUGACAAACUCAUCGCUGUAAGAACUUUAAUUCAUCGUGCUUAUAGAAAAGCUAUUGAACACAAAGAUACUUCUGUUGGUGAAAGGUACUAUUAUUUCCCUUGGCGAAGGUGACAAGAUAAAGGGGUUUUAUGAAAAAAAAUAUUACCUUGAUAUAUGACCUUGAAAAAAUAUUGAAAACUUUUAUACCUACUCUUUUUUUUUUCUUUCUGUCCUAUCAGCAAAAUAAUAUUGUUUUGGCAAUUUAUUUUCACUUGUCUGUUUUAUAUAGUAUAUUUUGUACUAUUGAUCAUUUUUUUUUUGGUUUUUAAUUAUUAACACUAUUGUUCAUUUUUUGUGCUAUUUUUUUUAUUAUAAAAUUACUGUUAUUUAUGCUUUGUGUGAGUGCUUAUAUUUUAUUAUUUAUAUUCACAAUGUAUAUUAUGUUUUAUUUUCCAGAGAUUUUAAAGUUGAGCAAAAAUUUUAAUUUAUAAUAUAAGUGAUCAAGCUUGAAACAUACACAUACUCAUGUUUAAGUAAAUUUUCUUUUCCAUCAAACGGAAAUUACAAUCUAAAUUUAAGUAGGAGGGUUUUUACCUUGUAUACAUAAUAUUUUAUAAUAAAAUGCAUUUUCAUGGUACAAAGAAAGAAAGGGUUAAUUUUGAGUGUCUCAAAAACCACCUGUGAAAAACGAUAAUGAUUACACCUACAAAU